GGGAAGAUGAACCGCAACAAUGUUAUAACUUUUAAAGACAGUUUGACCAAAAUGUUGUCCAUGGUUUGCUGGCUUCUUAUUGCUACCCAGCCCACAAGAAAAGCUUUCUGCAGUUGAAUUGAAUUAUUAUCCUUUAGUGAAGUGACAAGUGGAUCUAGCAUCACAUUCCACAUGUGACCGUCAUAUGUUAUAAUGUGUUAUUGCAUAUGUGAGCAUUAGUGUAUCCCGGGCCCCUGGCAACCUGGGUGGAAAAGGGAGAGCCUCAGAUGCAUGGGGAAUUUCAGCCCCCCAUCCCGAACACCAGAUCUCUGAAAUGAACCAGAAUUGCACACCCUGUCGUCAGCAUUGCGGCCGGAGGCAAGGUCACAUCAGCCCAGCACUGCAGACAGCACAAACUCACUCUAGGCAAGCAAUGAUUUUUAAAAAUGUAUGCUGUCUUCAGCAAAUGAGAGGGAUUUCCUCCACCAUUUAUGGUCAACUAGGAGGAAAGCCAGUCGUUUUUCCUCGCAUUUCCUCCUCAUCUCUAUAGGCCUGCAAAGAACAGGAGCACACGCAGAGAGCAUAGAGACUGAGAAGGUGGGGAGAGGGAGGAAGGGAGAAAUAACAGGGCGAAGGAUUGAAAUAGAUAUCCAGGCAAACCUUCGUUAUUCCUAACUUCAGUUAACCAAGACUGUCAGUGAAUUUCACAUACCCCCCAGCUACUAUAGUUCACAUUAUAAACUCUUCCAAUUACCUGAAAUCUCACUUAACUUAAAUUUCAGCACAUCCCCUGGGGCACUCGAAUAAUCAAAGUUUGCCUGUCGAAAGUAAUACCUAAGAGGGGAAACUGCCACGGUGACUCCGAGAAAGAUAGAUCAUAAAAAAAAAAAAAAAAAAAAAAGUCAUCUUAGAGAAUGGCAUUAGAAUCAUUAAGUUACCAACCUGAAAUUGCUGAAAUGUUAUCUAAAAAUUACAAACAGAGAUUUAGAACAGGGCUGUGGAAAUGCUCGGGAGCUACAUAUUUGAGACUGGGGUACACGGUCACGUCCAGCGAAGGCGGCUCGCACUGGUGCUGGUGAGCGGGUACCUGGUGUGUAAAAGAAAGCUGGAGAGUAAAAAGGAAGCCCUGCUGAUCCUCUCCAAGGAGCUGGACACAUGCCAGCAAGAAAGGGACCAGUACAAACUCAUGGCCAAUCAGCUUCGGGAGCGCCAUCAGUCCCUGAAGAAGAAGUACCGGGAGCUGAUUGAUGGAGAUCCGUCACUUCCCCCUGAAAAGAGGAAACAGGCUAAUCUUGCACAACUACUGCGAGAUUCUCAGGACCGAAAUAAACAUCUGGGAGAAGAAAUUAAAGAACUUCAGCAAAGGCUUGCAGAAGUCCAGGGCGACAAUAAGCUCUUGAGGAUGACAAUUGCCAAACAGAGGCUCGGAGACGAAGAAAUUGGCGUGCGGCAUUUUGCAGCCCAUGAGCGUGAAGACUUGGUUCAGCAGCUGGAGAGAGCUAAGGAACAGAUAGAGUCUCUGGAGCAUGACCUGCAGGCCUCGGUGGACGAGCUUCAGGACGUUAAAGAAGAACGGUCUUCCUACCAGGACAAAGUGGAGAGGCUCAACCAGGAGCUAAACCACAUCCUGGGUGGGCACGAGAACCGCAUCAUUGACGUGGAUGCCCUCUGUAUGGAGAACAGGUACCUUCAAGAGCGAUUAAAGCAACUCCACGAAGAGGUCAACCUCUUGAAAUCAAACAUCGCCAAGUAUAAGAAUGCUCUCGAAAGACGGAAAAACUCCAAAGGCCAGAGUAAAUCUAGCAGCAGUGCGCUGACUGGAGUCCUAUCUGCAAAGCAAGUUCAGGAUCUGUUAUCCGAAGAUCACGGGUGCAGUCUUCCAGCCACUCCACAGUCUAUUUCUGAUCUGAAAUCUCUGGCCACAGCCCUGCUAGAGACAAUACACGAGAAAAACAUGGUCAUCCAGCACCAGAGGCAGACCAACAAAAUCCUAGGGAAUCGGGUGGCUGAACUGGAGAAAAAAUUAAGAACUCUGGAAGUUUCUGGUUUGUGGAGUCUUCCAGGCCUGAGCUACAAUGUUUCAGUAGGAUUCGGGAGGGGCAAGGACACCAUACUAUUCAGUGACCCUGCUCUCCCCACCAUACAGAGAUCAAGAUCCCCACUGCUGAAGUUCAUCGAGCAGCCCACUGAGAACAAAGCAAAUUCCAAGGACGGGGAGGCCCAGAGGCCAGAACGAGAUGAAAGCCAGGCCGCUACUGAGGCAUGGAUCACACCGGAGGAUGCUGGAAGGCCGGCCGGCCGCUCCCCAGCUACACAGAGCCAUGGGAACCAGUGCAACCCCUUUCAUCCUUCAUCACCCCGGGGAGCGUCUGAGGAAGAAGGCAUAAACAGGCUUGGAGGGGAAAGAAUGAAACUGACAGAAGCAGAACCGGAAGGGGUCAGAGGAGCAAGUCUCGGGGAGACUCAGAGGCACGAGCCGGGGACAGCCCCACCGGGCCUGGCCUCCAAGGGAGAGGUCCCCAGAUCUUGCCUGGGCUCCUUUGAGUCCAGCCAGGCCGCAGCCGAAGCCUCCAGCCCGGAGGACAGCAAAGAGACCCCAGAGGGUGGCGGCAUGAGGAGCGCAGUGAAAACCUGAAGAGGAAAGAGACCCGUGUGGUGACACGUCUACAAGUGCAGGGGGCGGUACAGAAUUAAGCGUCCGAGCAGCUCUCAGAAGCUGCUUUCUCCUCACACACUUCCAAGUCUGCAAGUGAGAAGAGACACAGGUCCUUUGGCAAACCGUGAAUAUCCUGAUGAUGCCAGCCCAGUUUGAUUUAUUAAAUGCGCGUCCUCAA